GCAUGCGCACUGCGCCGCUUCCGCGCUCCUGACCUUCGCUGCCGGUGUGGGCCGGAUCGGAAUGAUGGCGGCCCCGACCAUGGAGGAGAGGAAGGCGUGCUGGGCGGCACGGGACGAGUUCUGGCGGUGCCUGGACACGCACACGGAGGACGCGCCGCGCUGCGAGAAGCUGAGGCGGUCAUUCGAGUCCCUGUGUCCGCAGCAGUGGGUUAAAUACUUCGACAAAAGAAGGGAUUUUUUAAAAUACAAAGAGAAGCUGGAAUCUGAAGGGUUUCAUCCUACAGAAACUGCUGGAAAGUCUUAGGUACUGUGUGCUUGUUGAAGUGCAACUACCCAGCACAGAUGUGUGGCCAGAAGAAGCAGCAGAAAGCAACACAACCUCUGGAGUUCAAGAACUGGUAACCCAUCCUCCUGAAAUGCAGACUGCUGCUGCAAUGCAAUGCAAGGCCUCACCCAUCUGCUGAAAAAAAGAUGGUCAUGGACAGCUUUUUAUGGGUAUGAGAUAAAGGAAUACAGUGCAGGGCUGUUCACAAACCCAAGGCUUAGAGUUUGUAACUCCAGUCACUGUUUGCAAGAAUAAAUGAUUCUGUGAUAGCAUUUAUUGUUCUUUUUAGAACAUGGAAAAGUGCUUUUUUUUUUUUCCUUAAGUGGAUUAACUUUCCCCAAUAAAGCUUUUCCGACUUUG